AUGGGUUCUUUGGAUGUGGCAAGCCAGUCCAUAGAGUCAGGAACUGCCAGAGAGCUGGUUAUUAAUAUAGUAAAUAUUACCAUAUACUUUCAUUAUGGUGGAGAUUGGGUUACACAACCAGGAAUACUUUAUCAGAAAGGAAGUGUCCAGUAUUGGAAAGGGUAUGAUCCUGAUCUUCUCUCUUUUAUUGACCUAGUAAAUGAGUACACAAGUAGGUUUGGUUUUGUAAUUGUCCAACAACUUAUUGUACUUGGACCUUUUGGUAAAUUUUUUAAAAUACAAGGAGAUGAAGGAAUUAGAACACUAUUGUCUUUUGUAUCCGAGGAUUAUCAAUCCAUUCACUUGUUUGCUACUGAUGAUUGUGAGUUAUCUGUUGAUGUACUAGACAUUGUCAAGCAUAGUAGUUCUUUUUUACUUGCUCCAAUAUUUGAUGAAGCAGGAAUAGAUUGUAGUGACACUGAAAGUGAUAGUGAAGUGGUGUUUAGCUGUUCAGAAUAUGACACUGAUGAAUCAAAAAAUUUUGUUGAAAAAAAGCGAAGGACUAUAAAAGCUAGUUUGCAAGAUUAUAAGGAGAUUUUUAGGGGUAUGUCCUUUAAGGAUAUAUCAGAAGCAAUACAAUUUUGCAAACUUUAUGCUUUAUCUAAGAAGGUGGAACUUGUUAUGGUGAAAAGUGAUAAAAAAAGAUUGAGAUAUACAUGUCGUGCUGAUGGAUGUCCUUUUCAAUUAUUGAUCUUUGAGGAUGACACCACUCCUGGAGCGAGUGUCAAAAAACUAGUAGAUCAUAUUGAUCCCCAUUUGAAUGGAUAUGACAAUAAUAUUAUUGACUACUUUACUAUAGCAUACUAUUUCAAGAAAAAGAUUCAAAGUGAUCCAAAAUACCGGGUGAAGGAUAUGAAGGAUGAUUUACAUAGGGUGUUUGAAGUAAAUGUAAGUGAAGCAAAGUGCAAGAGAAUAGGUUUUAAGGCAGGUUUAAGGCCACUCAUUGGGUUAGAUGUCAUAUUUCUUAAAGGAAAAAUAAAGGGACAAUUAUUAGUUGCUGUUGGUCAGGACAGUAUGAACUGUUUCUAUCCUAUAGCAUGGGCUGUGGUAGAUAAAGAGACUAAAAGGACUUGGACUUGGUUCUUGAAACAUUUGAAGCAUUUACUUGAACUUCAAAGUGGCAAAAGAAUUACAUUUAUAUCAGACAUGCAAAAGGGGCUGGUUGAUAUAGUACAGAAUAUUCUGUUGGAUGCACAUCAUAGAUAUUGUCCUGUUAGGGGAGAAAUCUUCUGGAAGAUUGACCUUUCACAAGCUAUUAAACCACAAAAAAUGGUCAAGCAUGGUGGAAGGCCUAAGGAAAAGAGGGAAAGACAAAAAGAAGAGGCACUUAAGAGGCAAGGAGAAUGGAAGCAAUCAAGAAAAGGUUUAUUAAUGUCAUGUGGCAUAUGUGGACUGCCUAAUCGUAAUUCAAGAAGCUGUGCAAAGCGUACAAAGCAAGCUGCUGGUAAGAAAAAAGAGCCUACUGGGGAAAAAAAGUAG